AUGAAAACCGACCUGGAGCUUGCCUUGGAGUGCAUCAUCAACAUCUACCACCAGUAUGCUGUGAAGAAGCCCAUUGAUGACUACCUGUCCAAGGAUGAGUUCUCGGAGCUGCUGAAGAAGAAUGCCAAGCCCUUCCUCCACAACACCAGCCCGCCUAAUACGCCUGUUGACGACUACAUAGCCAACCUCUUCAAGAAAGCUGACCGCAACCGGGAUGGUCGCCUGAAGUUCACCGAGUUCCUGACCACGCUGAAUCUUGUAGUCAUUGAUGCCCAUAAUAAGUCCCACCACCCUCACGGCCACGAUCACGGCCACGACCACAGCCACGGUCCCAGGAAUUGAAGUGGUUCCCAGGGUGACUGUGCCCAUGGGAUUGUGCUCCUCCAGCAGCAUCAUCCCUUCCCUUU